AAACAAUAUUUAUUUUUGAUGAUAGACGAACUUAGCCACCUGAGUUACCUCACUAAAUACUAUAGUGAACUCGGCGAGGAACAGUUCAUCGAGUCUGACCCAAAAUAUGUACCUUUUCGGAACUUCUUCCGCAUUUUACGUGAUUUGUUGAUUAUAGGGAAGGUAAUUGUCUAUUUGGCAGGUCGAACUGCUGAAAUCUCGGCCCCCUUGUCUGAUACUCGCUCCAGUAGAGUGAGUCUCCAUAUGUUGCGGUUGAAUCCCUUUAAUCUCCAUGAUAUUAACGAAUAUCUUGAGCUGGCAACUUAUGAUGGAAAGUCCUUGAAGGACUGGUUAUUGCUCUCGGAUGAUUUACGACAUCGAUUCGUAGAAUUGUUGAAAAAAGAAGACAGGGGGUAUCCCGUUGAUUAUUUGUCGCAACCUGCUAUCAACAACGACAAUAUGGAAGUUUUGUUAGAUGGUGUCUUCCGGUCUUUACUACUACAUUCGUUAACGUUUAUUAUUCCAGAGAUACUAGAUUCCGCAACCCUUCUUCGAUAUGAAUUUGUCUUUUUGAAUUAUCAGCUCGGAACAAUUUUUCCAAUUGACUUUGUAAUUACUCUAUGUGGAACGAGAACUUAUUUGAUGGACUUGGUUGCAACUUUUGGGUUUUACUUUGAAAUUUGUGAAACUGACGGGGUUGAUAUGGGGACCGAAUUCAAGAUUGGUUGUUGUGAAUUUAUAUUGAGAGCUCAUAGCAACUAUAACUUUUUCCGUGAGGCUACUGAACUCUUUUCUUUAUCUCCGUUUAGUUAUAUUCCCGACACUUCAACAGCAAAGGGAGUCUUCUUUGAAUUUGUAUUUAUGAAGAUCUUUCGCUUUCGCUUAUUAACUUUUCUUCAUUCUAAUUCCUCGCCUAUUGUACAUUCUGCUAUUCCAGGAAUUUUCGAGGGCUCUUUUAUUGAACAGGACAAUGUUUCUUAUUCUAUGGAAUCAACAAAAUCUAAUGAUAUACCCAUCUUGAGAGAUGUCUCUGAUUCAUUUUCUGAUCAUUAUGGAAAAUAUUUACAACGUUGUGGUAUUUUUGUUCCAAAGGAUGGCAAUUCGAGUGGCCCUGAUGCAUAUGUUGUAUUCCAUAAUGGACAAACACGUUAUGUUGUUGGAUUUUCAUUCAAAUUUUAUCACAAAAGUGAAUUUUCGAAGAGAGAUAUUGAGGAGGAAGCCAAAAAAUUUUUGAAGGAAGUUGUUUCCGUUUUGAAUUACGAAUCUUGUUCAUCUGUUCAACUUUGUUUUCAGUUUGUGGUGAUAGCAUAUACUAAUUAUGAUCGAUCUGUUUUUUUCUCUGUUGAAGAUGCAAGUUAUUUGGUUACUGAACAUUCUGCAGGGUCAAUUUUGAAUGAAAGUAGUCGAUCAUGCCUGCAGUUGGUAAUUGUUUCCCAAAAGAACCUUGAACGAUUCUUUGGAAGAGAAAAUUUCGAUAUUUUGAGGAAAAUUGACAAGGCAAGCCGAGAAGAGUUCACUGAGCAAUCAAAUGUUACUUUAGGAGUGGCUCAACAUAUAGGACGGAGAACAAAUGAGGAGAAUAGGAUGCAAAUGGAAAGUUUUCAAAGUGCUAUGCAAGUGGAAGAAGAAGAUACACGAGGCGAACAAAGGGUUGCAGCAUCCAGUUCUUUGUCUUCAUCAUUUGAUUGGAAUACUUUCCUAAGAGAACGUUGUGGUUUUUCUGAAGAAGAUGUUGCUUAUUGUUUUAGGAAACUCUCAAGGUUUGGCAGAGUUUCGCUUUCUAGACUCAGUGAAGAUUUGUUACUUCGCAUGGGUAUCAAUGAUCCCAUCGUAAUAGCCACACUGCUUAUUGGCAUUACUAAAGAGUUUUCUGACUAACUUUGGAAUAGGAGGAUAUCCAUUAUAUGGAGUCUUGAUAAGACUAAAUAAAGUUUGGAGGAAGCUCCUUCUAUCGGAUACCAGUUGGAUUGAUAUAAAAUCGACAUUCACAAUAUUUCAGGACAUUAUAUUAGGCUUUACACCAAAAUGUCCUUGGAGUCUAAUAAUCUUUAUGUAUUCGAUAGAUGAUAUAAUACUUGCUGUGGAACUAUUUGCAGCAAACAAACUCGUUAGAAAAUAUUGUCUCGAUGUACUUUUCCUGUGAAAUUGUGAGAUUAGAAUUCUGAGCACGGACGUAACCCUAUCAUGUGGACACAUGAUCACUCAAAGGUAUAGAGACAAUGUGACAAUAAAGUUACUUUUUAGCAU